UUUAGAUAUGGCGGCAACGGAUAAAAGCUUACUAACUUUCGAGGAUAAAAAUAGCGAUCUACUCAAGAAUUUAGUGAUCGAGGCAGCCAAACCUGGAACUGACAGUGGAAUUGCAGAACGACAGUUUGCUUUAAUAAGUCCAGAGCCUGGAUUUUGCAUUAAAACGAAAAAGAGCAAUGGGGAGAAAGUAUUCAUUAACAUAUGUCAGUCAACACAUAUUCCUCCUCCAAUUGACUUAACAGAUGAAGAAUUGCUGGCAAUUGUCAAUGAUGAAGAUCCUUCAAGUUAUAAUGUUCCUAUGAGUCUUGGAGAGCCUCACACAGAAAGUGAUAAUUCUGGAAAUCAUUGCACUGCUUAUGAUGUUAUCAUAAGCAACACUUUCUAUGACAAAGUUGAAACCAAUCAGCUUUUCUACAACUUCAUGAUUAGUCUAGCUUUGGAAGGUCUGGAGGAGAAAUACAGCCUCUCUCUCUCUAGAGAGGUUACUCGAUUGAAGAACAAGAUGUUUUUUGGAGUAAUGCCAGAUCAAGUAACACGAACGAAAGCUAAGCCAACCAUUAGUGAAAUACCCAGGUUAAAAAAUCCCACUACCAAGCAAGAUUUAAAGGCACCACAAGCACCUAAUCAAACCAUUGAGCCACAGUGGAAAGAGCCAUCAUAUCAGUUCAUCCAAGAUCCAAUUGAAGGGUACCCAGAGUUUCUCAUUGGUGAAAUACAACUGCCUGGCAUGAAAUCCGUAAAAGACGUAGAGUUAGACAUUGGGGAAGAUAGGAUUUUGCUCCAUGCAUUGGCACAACGAUAUAAAUUGGACGUUUUCAUGCCCUUUCUAAUGGCGUCCAGUGAAACAGGUGCUCAGUUCAACAGAAUAACGCAGGUUUUGACGAUAACAAUUCCUGUUCAACCAGAGAACAAGGCAUGAAUGACAGAGCAGCAUCGAGAAUUUUGCGCUGAGCCUUAUGAAUUAUCGCUUUUAUAAAUUGACCGAUAAUUGCUGCCACCAGGGUGUAGCAUCUGUUGUUAGCAUAUGGGUGUAUAGAGGAAAAGUUGAAGUAAUACGUUGUUCUAACUUCAUACUCACAUGAUAUAAAGUUGCAGUAAUGUUUUUAAACGUGAGAAGCUAUAGUUAAGUUUUCUCGCUAAUAUGUUGUUUGUAAAUCAGGCCCGUAGCCAGGAGGAGUUCGUGGGGUUCGCACGACCCCCCCCCC